CCGCGCGGCCUCGCUUCCGCUUCUGUCUCUAGUCCGGUCAUCUCCUUCCGCCUGGCUGUUUCCAGGGUAACUAGCCGCGCCGGUCGGAGACGGCUGUCGCCCGCCCGCCGUAAGUAGCUCAGCAGCGGGCUAGGGAUGCAGCCUGCUCUCAGCGACCUCCUCGGUGGAGGGGAGCCCUGCCCUGCCCUUCUUCCCCGCGCCCCCGAGGUAGAGCAGUGUCCCUCCCCCAGAGGUGUUAGGACUGCCCCCCCCCCUCGGGCCAGGAAUCCCCCCACCCUCAGAGGCUGCUCCUCUUCCCUUCCUACCCCCCCACCCAGGUUCUUGGGACAGUGCUUGACCCACAAGAGAUCAGAUUCACCCCCACCCCGCCCCGAGGACUGCAUUCCCCACAGGGGAGAAAGUCUCCCCUCCUUAUGAAGUGGAGGACUGUCCCAACCCUCCACUCCCCUCCAGCGGUGGGUCUCAACCUUUCCAGACUAAUGGACCCCUUUCCAGGAGUCUGAUUUGUCUUGUGUACCCCGAAGUUUCACCUCACUUAAAAACUACUUGCGUACAAAAUUAGAUAUAAAAAUACAGAAGUGUCACAAAAAGAACCAGGAGAACUUGAGGCACCUUAGAGACUAACAAAUUUAUUUGAGCAUAAGCUUUCGUGGGCUAAAACCCACUUCAUCCGAUGCAUGCAGUGGAAAAUACAGUGGGAAGAGAUAUAUACACAGAGAACAUGAAAAAAUGGGUGUUGCCAUACACACUAUAACGAGAGUGAUCAAUUAAGGUGGGCUGUUAUCAGAAGGAGAAAAAAGCUUUUGUGGUGAUAAUCAGGAUGGCCCAUUUCCAACAGUUGACAAGAAGGUGUUCACGGACUACACAUACCGCCUGAAAAACAGCCACCUCUGAGGUGGAGAGGACAGCAAUUGGGCUGACAUCAGUCGUACAAGACAACAGUGGAAGGAAAGGAGUUUUGGCCAAAGCCUUAUUUUGUGGGAUUGAUUGGAGUCAGAUCAUGUCCACUCCUCCUCUUGCUGGGGCAGGGAUGCCUCCUGGUGCUUUCUCAGGACCACAGGCUCAAGCAGCCCGAGAAGUGAACACAGCUUCUCUCUGUCGCAUUGGCCAAGAAACUGUGCAGGAUAUUGUAUUUCGGACAAUGGAAAUCUUUCAGCUACUGAGGAAUAUGCAGCUACCAAAUGGUGUUACUUAUCAUACUGGGACAUACCAAGACAGAUUAGCAAAGCUGCAAGAACAUCUCCGUCAGCUAUCAAUACUCUUCAGGAAACUGAGAUUAGUCUAUGACAAAUGCAAUGAAAACUGUGCAGGGCUAGAUCCUGUUCCCAUAGAGCAACUUAUUCCAUAUGUUGAAGAGGAUGGAUCCAAGCAUGAUGAUCGUGGUGUUGCAAGCCAGCUUCGUUUUGCUAGUGAGGAAAGAAGGGAAAUCAUGGAAGUAAAUAAGAAACUGAAACAGAAGAAUCAGCAGCUGAAGCAAAUUAUGGAUCAAUUACGGAAUCUCAUUUGGGACAUAAAUGCCAUGUUGGCAAUGAGGAACUGAACUAUGAUACAAUUUAAGUAUUUUUUGUAAUUAUGAAAAUAGACUUUCUUUAUUUUUUUGAAAAUACAUAAUUUCUUUUUUCUAAAAAGCCAUUCAUUUUCCCCUCUCCUUAUCCCACUGGUAUACAAAACUCCUUUAAUGUUACUAUGUGGUUUCUUUUGUGAUAUUUAAAUGUAUUGGUUCUGUUUAUGUAAACAAUUCAUCAUGUAAUUUGUACACACAAUAGAGACUCAUUUGUGUUUACUACAAUAAGCUUUGUAACCUAUAGUCAUAUUUUGGUUAGCAUUCCAAUUCCGCUGUUUUGGGUUUUUUUUAAAGCUGACUUCAAAACUUGUGUUUUUAAAUAAAUUUCUCAAUGUUUAAACAAAUAAAGCUUUUGUUUAAAAUAUA